CUGUCAAAUUUGCAAACCAAAUAAAGCAAUGAGAAUGCGAUGCAAUACCCAAAUAACUAUCGAAAACUUGGUUUAAAUUGAGAUAAAAUAAUAAUUGUUAGAUAAAGAAAUAAAAAGUGCUUUUUUAAAGAAUUAUGGUUUAAUGACUGAUAAUUACUUCGAUCGGGACAGACGGUCUUAAUAAAUUCAUGAACUUAUUGAUGUUUUUAUUAAUAUCACCUUAGUGGUUCGCGAACUUGAUAAUUAGUGUUUACGUAAUGGAGUACGACAAUGAGGAGAAUACUUGGCGGCGACCCUCCGCGCAGAAGGUGGACCGGUCGAAGUGCAAUCAGAUCCCGAAGCGGUCGACCACGGUGGCCGUGGUGGUGCUGGGGCUGGCCGUGAUGAGCUGCCUGCUCGGCUACUGCGUGCUCAGCGAGACGCUGCCCUACGAGUCGAGGACUUUACGACUUGUCAUUAUUUUUUUUCGCCAUGGAGCUAGGACCCCGAAUACAAGUUAUAAGACUGACCCUUUCAAAGCAUACCAAUGGCCAGAAGGCUUGGGAGGUCUUACCAAUACUGGGAAACUUCAAUUGUAUGAGUUGGGAAAAAAGUACCGCAGUUAUUAUGCUAAUUUUAUUGAUGAAGAAUACUAUGAAAAGGAUGUGCAAGUGCGAAGCAGUGACAAGUCUAGGUGUCUGAUGAGUGCUGCUACAUUCCUGGCCGGCCUGUACCCUCCAGCAGAGCGACAGAUCUGGAACCCCGAGCUGCUGUGGCAACCUAUCCCCAUUCACUCCUUACCAACACACUUGGAUAAUAUUGUUGCUAGUACUAAACCUUGCAAAGUUUGGAAAGCUAUGUAUGAAGAAUUACUUGAGAAAUCUAAUAAAGAUGCAAAAUACACUAAACUUUUUGAAUACUUGAGCAAUCACACAGCCCAAGAUAUGCACAGUGUGUUGGAAGUUGAUUUCCUGUAUAGCACCUUCCUGUCACAGCAAGAGGCUGGGCUCAAGAUUCCUGAGUGGACUAAAAACUAUUUCCCAAAUCAAAUGAGGUCUGCAUUCAUGCAAAGUCUGGCCCUGCUGUCCCAUAACCACACUUUACAGAGAUUCAAAGUAGGUGUUUUAUCGCAACAAUACGAAGAUAGAAGUACCAAUGGAGUUAAAACUGUCGUUCUGCGAGGAGCCGUGCCGCUACACCGACUUCCUGCAGUACAUCGACACGCUCAUCCCCAAGGACUGGGAUGCCGAGUGCCAGAACACCCCGCACUGAACGACCCAUCCCUCGACUGCCGCGCGAGACUGCCUCUUGGUGAAUAUUCUGCGUUUUUACGCCGUUUUUUUCGUCAUUGUCGUCUCAGUGAGUAUUGUUUGCAGAGAUGAUUCCCAGAGCUCAAAGUUAAUUUUUUUGUGUAAACAUAACAUGUUUAGUGUCUACAAACUAUUUUGAUCGGGGGGCCAUCGCCAAGCUUCGCGCUUUGGCAACGGAUUAUAUGGAAUUUGGCACCUUUCGCGGACUGUAUUGCAGGAUUAGGUCGAGACAUACCGUCAGACAGGUGACAACUAAAAUUCAGUAAUUACUACCACAAAUUUAGAGCCAUAAUGCACUGUACUAGUAACAAAACAAGGUUGAUUUUUGUCAUAUAUUUUUAUGUAAUCAGUAAGUUUUGGUUGUCACCUGACGAUACCUACUUUUAUGGCUCCUCUACACUAUCGGCGAUUAGCGAUUACAGCAGACGAUUAACGGGCGACCACGAUAGUGUAGAGGGCAUGCUCGGCAGUACUCGCCACUCUCGCCAGUCAUCGUCUAUCAUCGCCAAUGAUCGCCUGCGGCCCGUGACAUGUCGGUUUUUUGGGCACGCAGCAAAGGAAAUCGCCGGGUGGUUGCGCUGACGUGCCCACACGAUCGCCGAUCAUUCAGUCGCCGCGCCGUCCGACAGUGACAUUGCACACGUGCGUGCGAAUACUAAACACGCACACAAGAGCAGCCGAUUCAACGGAGCCACGUCGUUAUGUCGCAUAAAUAGUGUUUAGUUUUAAAUAAGUUUAUAAAUAAAACACAUAUAUAUGUAGGUAUGUUAGUCUGUAAGGUAUUUGUAAUAUGGGAAUUGUUGCCUGAUGAAAUUUUUAAAUAAAACAUAAGCAGAUUCCCCAUUCUUUCUCUAAAAAAAAAGUAUACGUAAGUGCGAUAGAGAGGAAAAUAGUUUCUCGAAUUGCGUAGUUCGCCUCAGUUUCGCAUUCAGUUGAUUUAAAAUAUAAAAAUGAUUCUAAAGAAUAUGCCCCUUAGUAGAUCAGUUUCUUUCCUCCAUUCUUUUUUCACAACUUCUCGUUGAACUACAUUGACAUAAUGUUUGUAUCAUACUGACUAUUAAAUAAAUAGUUGCAGCACUUGCAGCAGUAACACACCCCACGUCCAUCUUGACGCUUAGCGUUUAACAAACUACUACAGCAGGCGAUCGUGUGGAUGCAACUUGCACUCGCGAUGAACUUGCCGAUUAUAGACGAUGACACGAUCAUCGACAUAGUGUGGAGGAGCCAUUACAGACGUUACUAAUGCUAGCAGGUAC